AUGUUUGCAUAUGGCACAUUGAAAACAACUCAGAAAAGAAUAUAUGUUAUUGCUUUGCCUUCCUGGAUAUUCCAUGACCUUGAAGGAACUAAGGUCCCGUUCAAGCAAUCGGUUCGAAGUCUCGAGCAUAACUUUGGCCCUAUCCGGGUUUUCCUAAUUCUUAGGUGGACGGAGUUUGGAAGGCUUCGAAGCUGGUAUGCGUUUAGAAUGCAAUGGGGUCCCUACGGCGACUGGAACCGCCGGGAGGACCGCCUGGGCCACCAGGACCACCGGGACCACCGGGAGGACCGCCUGGGCCACCAGGACCACCAGGACCACCAGGACCGCCGGGAGGACCGCCUGGGCCACCAGGACCACCAGGACCACCAGGACCGCCGGGAGGACCGCCUGGGCCACCAGGACCAUCAGGAGGACCACAUGGAGGACAUUCUGGGGGGCCAUCGGGAGGACCGUCUGGAGGACCACAUGGAGGACAUUCUGGGGGACCAUCGGGAGGACCGUCUGGAGGACCACAUGGAGGACAUUCUGGGGGACCAUCGGGAGGUCCGUCUGGAGGCCCAUCUGGAGGACCACAUGGGGGACAUUCUGGGGGACCACCGGGAGGACCACCGGGACCACCGGGAGGACCGCCUGGGCCACCAGGACCACCAGGACCACCGGGAGGACCACCGGGACCACCGGGAGGACCGCCUGGGCCACCAGGACCACCAGGACCACCGGGAGGACCGCCUGGGCCACCAGGAGGACCACCAGGACCACCAGGACCACCAGGAGGACCGCCUGGGCCACCAGGACCGCCGGGAGGACCGCCGGGACCACCAGGAGGACCACCAGGACCGCCUGGGCCACCAGGACCGCCGGGAGGACCGCCGGGACCACCAGGAGGACCACCAGGACCACCAGGACCACCUGGACCGCCGGGAGGACCACCGGGACCGCCGGGAGGACCGCCUGGGCCACCAGGACCAUCAGGAGGGCCACAUGGAGGACAUUCUGGAGGCCCAUCUGGAGGACCACAUGGAGGACAUUCUGGGGGACCAUCGGGAGGACCGUCUGGAGGCCCAUCGGGAGGACCGUCUGGAGGACCACAUGGAGGACACUCUGGGGGUCCAUCGGGUGGACCGUCGGGAGGGCCACAUGGAGGGCAAUCUGGAGGAGGCGUACCCUGAGCGACUCGUCUGACAAGGCUGUAAUCUGAAGAAGUGUGCGAAGUAGGUGCCGAGAUGGCCCCGAUAGCCAGCAGGGCCAUCACAACAAGUUGAAACUGCAUGAUGGAAAAAGAGCCGCAGCUAAAAGAUCAAAGGAUAAUGGCAAAGAAGAAAGAGAAGCAAAUGUAUUUAGGCCGUCCUCAUGUACUAUCGUUUGCUUGGUUGUUUCGUCCUGGCAGGCUCAAGUUGGAGGGAGAA